AUGGGGAGAUUGAGCGCGUUCAAUACAUCUAAUUUCCAGCUAGCAAACUCAUCUAUGGAAUAUGAUCCUCUCUAUGAUGCAGAGAAGGGCUUCAAAGUGAUGCCUUCAUCCUUUCAUGACAUCAGUGACCUUAAAUUUCAAGACAACUGGGGUUUGUUCAUCAUUCUGCUUCUGCAACACAAUAAUUAG